AUGACAAUGCUCAGCUAUAAAGUCAAAAUAAAAAUAAGUACUCGCAUUGCAUUUUCCUGUAAAGUUGAUGGAGGAUGGUCAGUUUGGUUAUCUUGGUCCCCUUGUUCUAGUAGCUGUGGAACUGGAGGGUUGAGAACACGUGCACGGACAUGUAACAACCCCGUGCCUUCCAAUGGCGGGAAGAAUUGUACUGGUGAUGUGUAUCAAAUGCAGAUCUGUCCUACAGUAAACUGUCCAGUGAACGGUGGUUGGAGUUCAUGGGAUGCAUGGGGGACAUGCGAUGUAACUUGUGGAAGAGGCAUACAGAUUCGUACACGAAAUUGUUCCAAUCCGACACCAGCACAUGGAGGCAUUAAAUGUCCAAAUGACUCGGCUGAAAUGAGGGCAUGCAAUGCCAGUUCUUGUGCUGUUGACGGUCUCUGGUCGGAUUGGAUGCCAUGGUCCAAAUGUUCCAAGACGUGUGAUACUGGUGUAAGAACACGGGCACGUUCUUGUGAUAACCCUGCUCCUUCUAAUGGCGGGAAAAGUUGUACUGGGGACCAAUAUGCUAUACAGACGUGUUCUCUUAUUCCGUGUCCAGUCGAUGGUAGUUGGACAGACUGGACUUCAUGGUCCACAUGCUCAGCGUCGUGUGGGGGCGGGACACAGAUACGUUCACGAAACUGUAGUAACCCUGCCCCUUCCGAUGGUGGAAACGACUGUGUUGGAAAUCAGAAUGAGGGUCGUGCUUGUUCCUCUUCAUUGUGUCCUGUUGAUGGCGGUUGGUCACAGUGGAUGAAGUGGUCCCCUUGUUCUAGUUCGUGUGGCAACGGAACAAAAACACGUGCUCGUUCGUGCACUAAUCCAACGCCAUCGCAGAGUGGAAAAGAUUGUGUUGGAAAUGCGUAUGAAAUGGAACCCUGUUCACAUAAUUGCCCUGUGAACGGUGGUUGGACCCAAUGGGCAACGUGGAGCACGUGCAGUGUAACUUGUGCAACCGGAGUAGAAACUCGUAAACGAAAUUGUUCUAAUCCGGUACCAGCACACGGGGGAACUCAGUGUCCAGGAGACUCUAUAGAAAUGAGACAAUGCAAUGCAAGUGCCUGCAGUGUUGACGGCAAUUGGACCAACUGGAUGCCGUGGUCCCCUUGUUCCAAGACGUGUGGAGGCGGCGUUAGAACACGUGCGCGUAUGUGCAGCAAUCCUGCUCCUUUGUACGGUGGUCAAGACUGUGCGGGGAGCCCAUACGAUAUGCAACCAUGUCCUGUGAAUCCGUGUCCUAUUGAUGGUAACUGGACAGAUUGGACUGCAUGGUCUACGUGUUCUACAUCAUGCGGAGGCGGGACAGAGUCAAGGUCGCGAAACUGUAGUAACCCUGCUCCUUCCGGUGGUGGAAACAAAUGUGCUGGAAAUCACCAAGAAAGUCGUACUUGUUCUCCAUUGCCUUGCCUCGUUGACGGUGGUUGGUCACAAUGGAUGCAAUGGACCACUUGCUCCAGCACAUGUGGCAACGGAACAAAGACCCGUGCUCGUGCCUGUGAUAAUCCUGCGCCAUCUAUUCAUGGGAAAGAUUGCGUUGGAGAUUCAUACGAAACAGAACCCUGUAUGAAAGUGUGUGCGGUGGACGGCGGUUGGAGCCCUUGGGGUGGGUGGCGCAAGUGUAGUGUAACUUGUGGAAUAGGUGUAGAAACUCGUACUCGAAACUGCUCAAAUCCACCGCCAGCAAACGGGGGGACUCAAUGUCCUGGGGAUCCGACAGAGGCAAGGACAUGCAAUGCAGGCGAUUGUGCUAUUGAUGGAGGAUGGUCCAAUUGGAUGGCUUGGUCCACCUGUAUGAAGUCGUGUGGAGAUAGUGUACAGUCACGUGCUCGUUUCUGUACUAAUCCCACCCCUUCUCACGGGGGAAGAGAUUGUGCUGGCAGUCAAUAUGAAAUGAAAAACUGUAAUACAGGACCAUGUCCAGUUGACGUUUGGUCUACCUGGGGAGUUUGGUCUACCUGUAGUGUAACGUGUGGACGAGGAGUCAGUACAAGAAGCCGUAAUUGUACCCACUCUACUGGAUCUACUCUAGUCACUGGACAUUCAUGCAAUGGUACUGACAAAGAAAGGAAGGAAUGUAACACCACUCAUUGUCCAUGUCAUGAUAAAUUGAGUAGCUGCGCCCAAGAUAAAGAUACUUUGUGCUCAGACACCAGUUUCCAACAUUUGUGUCAACUAUCUUGUGGAUUAUGUGUUAUUGAUGGGCAUUGGUCCACUUGGGAAGCAUGGUCCGCUUGCAGCGUCACCUGUGGGAAUUCAAGUGUGCGGCAGCGUAACCGUCAGUGUGACAAUCCCGCGCCGGUCAACGGGAAACCGUGUGAAGGCCUGCAUUCUGAGAUAACAUUCUGCAAUGUAACAUCCUGUCCUGUUGGCCCAGAUUGUCCCACUUGUGAUGUGAACUUAAACUGCAAAUGGAACGCUACAUGUGAUGAAUCCGAAACGUGUAUGAUUAGGUCGUUCUCAAAUACAGCCUUCUCUGUUCAUUGUUCGAAGAAAGUGGACUGCGAAUUCGAAAAGACAGCCUUGAAAGCGGGGGAAAUAUUUUGCUGUGAUGAUCGAAUUUGUUUGACAAAUACACUUGGCGUAUAGUAGAUUGCUUACUAUUUUCCAUUUCGACACGUUCUGAAAAUUUCUAGAAUAAUCCAGAAUAAAAAUACUCAUGUUUCUUUCAUGUAACCUCUAGAAUAACUCUAGAAUAAUGCAGAUUAAAAAUACUCAUGUUUCUUAAUACUAUUUUUGUAUUGCCUCUAUUUGC